CCAUGUAGCAUGCAUUUUCUGAAUCUAUCUUUCUUGAACUAGAUCAACACCAUGGUGACGGAUCAAGCCUCUGAAUGGACAUGAGGAGCAAAUUGAAGUAUCGCUGCACCAAACAUUGUCGUCGUGGGUUGCCUGGAGAGAGGGAUCGUUCUAAAGUAUGAUUGGUGGCAGACACGGCCGUCAGUGAUAUACUUAGGCCAGUAACGCGGCGCCACGCAUCUGUGUCAGGCAGGGCCGUCAGAGAAGCCAGCAAAGCUCUUUCUCCUUUGACCUGUGACAUGAUGACACUUGAGUAUAAAGAGAGAAACUUGUCCUGUAUCUUUGUCAUUGAUGCGCUUUGCCACCUUGAUCCGACCCAGAUUCUGCUCCCAAUAUCGAAGUCGUCAAAAGAGAUGAACGCUGCAACAUACUUGAACGUACAGGAGCUCGACUUAAGUCUUCAACAAAACUUGGCAGCAUAUCACGCCAGGAAAAAUGGUGCGGGGCAUAAAUCACGGGAACGACUUGCGGCGGUUCCAAAGCUCGGACAGACAUGUCCAAUGACAAUACAACAACUUAGAGAACGGCAAAGAGAAAGGACGAAGCAACGCUAUACAAGGAAACGAAAUAUUCCAUUAGAAUAUGCCAAGAAAAGAAUUGGCCAUGAGCUGUUCAAGGAAGUGGAAAUACAUGACAAGAUCAGACGUUGCACGAAUGAAACGAUAGUUCUUCGAAGAAUCAUCCCAAAUAUGGGACGCUCAGCGUCAUCACGCUCGACGAGCUGAGCUGUUAGCAGCAGGCGCCAUCCUCACCUCUUUGGUUUGCAGACAAGGGCUAGCAAUAAAGUUUGAAACCCAUGUCGCUGAGCGGCUCAUCAAAC